AUGGCUUACCAGAAGAGCACAGAGCUUCUGAUCCGCAAGCUCCCCUUCCAGCGUCUGGUCCGUGAAAUCGCCCAGGACUUCAAAACUGACCUGAGAUUCCAGAGCUCUGCGGUUAUGGCCCUGCAGGAAGCUAGCGAGGCUUACUUGGUUGGUCUUUUCGAGGACACCAACCUGUGCGCCAUCCACGCCAAGCGUGUGACCAUCAUGCCCAAGGAUAUCCAGCUGGCUCGCCGUAUCCGCGGAGAGCGUGCUUAACUUCAACGUUAACUCUCAACAAAACGGUCCUUUUCAGGACCACUACAAAUCAGAAA